AUGCAGCAGGUUGGUGGUUUUGUUCGAGGCGUAAUGAAUUUUGUCCCGGUCUUGGCUGCAGAUGACGGAACGCUGUUUGCGGCCGUGUUUCAAGUGAGCCUUGCUGUUGGCCUGAUGACAUUGUCGGUAAUGCUGGUGGCUGCUGUCCUGUUCUUUGCUGUACCUGAAUUCAGUAGAUAUUUAUCACAAAAGUUAUCACGUUUCUUGCAUAUGGAGAAGGGAAACUUCAUUAGCACAACUAGCUGA